AUGCCUCUCAGUCUCCCCCUUGUUGUGUAUAAACAGCUGCAAGGCGCAGACGUCUCGAUCGAUGACCUGAGCGAUGUGUUCCCUGAGGAGCUGAACAGUUUUGAGAAACUGCUGGAGAUAGACGACGAGGAGACCUUCAAUGCUGCAUUUGAGGGAAUGACAUUUUGUAUCGACGCGGAGACAGCAAACGGAAAAAAAAAAAAAAUUUUAUUAAAAGAAAAAGGAGAAGAGACAGUUUUAUCUUUAAAAAAUAAAAAAGAAUUUGUUGAGCUUUAUACACGAUAUCUUCUUGUUACCUCGGUACAUUGGCAGUUUUAUUACUUUAAAAAAGGUUUUAGUUUGAUGGUGUCUCCUCUCUUAUCGAGUCUAACUGGGCCAGAGCUGCAGCUGCUUUUGUGUGGAACCCCUGAACUCAAUUUCGAGGAACUCAGGGCCUCUUGCAGGUAUGAAGGGUAUACCGCAGACUCUCCAUACAUUCAAUCGUUGUGGGAAAUUCUCUUCGACUUUGAUAUUUUUCAAAAACAAAAUUUUCUCAAUACUCACUGUGCAGCAGCAGCAGCAGCAGCAGCAGCAACAGCAGCAGCAGCAGCAGCAGCAGUAGCAGUAGCAGGAACGGCAACAGCAGCAGCAGCUGUAGCAGCAAUAGCGGUAGCAGCAGCAGUUGCAGCAGCAGCAACAGCAGCAGGAGCAGUAGCAGCAAUAGCAGUAGCAGCAGCAGCAGCAGCAGCAGCAACAGCAGUGGCAGCAGUAGCAGUAGCAGUAAAAGCAACAGCAACGGCAACUGUAGCAGCAACAGUAGGAGCAGCAGCAGCAGCAGCAACAGUAGCAGCAGCAGCAGCAGCAGUAGCAGCAGCAGCAGCAGCAGCAGUAGCAGCAGCAGCAGCAGCAGCAGCAGCAGCAGCAGCAAGUAAACAGUGA